AUGGCCUGUACACCGAAGAAAAUAAUUGCAGUUGUUGGCGCAACCGGCACCCAAGGAUCAUCAGUUGCCCGCACGUUUCUCACCCUCCCCAACUGGCACGUCCGAUGCCUGACUCGCAACCCAUCCUCGGAAAAAGCACAAGACCUAGCCAAGCUAGGCGGCGACCUAGUCGAAGCAGACUUGGACAACGAAGAUUCUUUGCGCCGAGCAUUCGCCGGCGCCCACGCCAUCUUCCUCAACACCGAUUUCUGGCUGCCCUACCGGAAAGCACUUGCUUCAGGUGCUGAUAUCGUGACCAGCGCAAAGCAAGGAUACGAGGCAGAAGUCACUCACGGAGAGAACGCCGUCAAUGUCGCUGCGACAAUCCCAACAUUGGAAAGAUUCAUCUACUCAGCCUUGGGUCCUAUGAAAGCUGCCUCUGGUGGAAAAUACUCCGAUUCAAACCACUGGGAGACGAAGGCCCAUAUAGUCAACUAUAUCGAGAAGCAGAAGGUGGAGUUGGCGAAGAAGACUUCUUUCAUUUAUAUUGGUGCUUAUAUCACCAAUCCUUUCUUGUAUCCCAAGUUCCAAGAGGAGAGUGGGGCAUUUGUUGCUGCAUUGCCGGCGAGAAAGGAGAUGCACAUGCCUAUCAUUGACACUGCUCAGUCAACUGGUCAUUUUGUCCGGGCUUUGGUUGAAGAUGAGGAGGCUGGGAUGCAGCUUUUGGCUUAUGACGACUAUAUUUCCGUUGAGGAUAUCAUGGCUAUUUGGUCUCGUGCUCUUGGGAAACAGGUUCACUUGAUUCAAAUGACCGUUCAGGAGAUGCACGAGAAGACGGGUAUUCCACUUGAGGUUCUUGGUGGCCCAGCUUUUAUUGAUGAGUAUGGCUAUUGUGCUGGGCUUGAAAACGUUGUUGAGCCUGCUCAGUUGAAGUCUUAUGCGCAGCGCACUGGAUUUGAAGAGUGGUUGAAAAGUCAGGAUGUCAAAGAGUUGCUUGGUUUGAAGGAUGCAAACCGCUGGGAUGGUAUCGUUCAGUAA